AUGUAUUUUGGAGUCAAACAUGUGGAUUCAGAAAAGGUCUUUGGACCCAAAGCGGGCUCCAGAGUUCCCUCCACGUUCACCGCGAUGCUGGUCGUCUGGUGUUUGGCGUUUGUCGACCCGGUUGGUUGCCGCCACAGCAGCAGCAGCGGCGGCGGCGGCAACUUCUCAGAUCUGAUGCCGUCGGAGCCGCCUGACUUCCGCGGAGCCGGGCAGCCUCCGGUACCGGGUCGCGUCCAGACCUCGGACCACGGAGAGCCGCAUCGGGCGCAAGAGACCGCGAUCAAGCAGCUCCCGCAACUGGAGAAAGGACGAUCAAAACAAGUCAGCGAGCCGAAGCGCGAACGCGACAGGAAGCCCGACUCGUCUCCCUCCAACUCCUCGCUGGCGGUGGUCCAAGUGCGCCCGGGGUCGCCGCCGCCGCACUGCCUGCACGCCACGUCGAUAAAAACCGCCUUCAAGUACAUCAACACGGUGCUGUCCUGCGUCAUCUUCGCCGUGGGGAUCGUUGGAAACGCCACGCUGCUGAGGAUUAUCUGCCAAAAUAAAAGCAUGAGGAACGGACCCAACGCGCUGAUAGCCAGCCUGGCCCUGGGAGACCUGAUCUACAUCGCCAUCGACCUGCCGAUCAACGUCUACAAGCUUCUGGCAGGGCAGUGGCCGUUUGCCGACAGUGUGUGUGGUCUCUUCCUCUGUAAGCUGUUUCCCUUCCUGCAGAAAGCUUCAGUCGGCAUCACCGUCCUCAACCUGUGUGCUCUGAGUGUGGACAGGUAUCGUGCGGUGGCGUCCUGGUCCCGGGUGCAGGUAACGGGCGUUCCCACGGUAACGGCGGUGGAGAUCGUGGCGAUCUGGCUGCUGUCCCUGGCGCUGGCUGUGCCCGAGGCCUUCGGCUUCAACAUGGUCACUUUCGACUACAGGAACGUUACCAUCACGACCUGCAUGCUGCAGCCCAAGACGCCCUUCAUGAUGUUCUACCGGGAUGCGAAGGACUGGUUGCUGUUUGGCUUCUACUUCUGCGUUCCUGUGGUGUGUUCGGCCGUUUUCUACGGCCUGAUGACCUGCGAGAUGCUCCGACACCAGAAAGGAAGUCUGAGGAUCGCACUGAGUGAACACCUUAAACAGCGUAGGGAAGUAGCUAAAGCCGUGUUCUGCCUGGUGCUGAUCUUUGCUCUGUGCUGGUUCCCGCUCCAUCUGAGUCGCCUGCUGAAGUGGAUCGCCUACAAAUCCCAUGAUGCAAACCGCUGCGAACUGUUAAAUUUCCUGUUGGUGCUCGACUACUUCAGCAUCAACAUGGCAACCAUCAACUCCUGCAUCAACCCCAUAAUCCUCUACUUUGUCUCCAAGAAGUUCAAGAACUGCUUCAAGUACGCUGCCUCUCCACCACGGGACGAGCCUGCAGUACAAACACACUGACCCCUGACAGAGAGAUAGAGAAAGAGAGAAAGAGAGAGCGAGAGAGAGAGAGUCUGUAACCUCAUCUCCAACUCAUCAUCACGCACACUGAGAAGAGAGAUUGUUGCUUUACAGAUUAAUCACUAUAUCAAACCUCUAAUGCAGUGUUUUUCAACCUUUUUUGAGCCACGGUACAUUUUUUACAUAAAAAAAAAUCUCGCGGCACACCACCAACCCAAGAUUUUACAAAAUGACCCAUUGUAGCCUAAUAAAAAUCAGAAUCUCCAUUUUUCCUUUUUAAAAAUGUAUUCAUCGCUUUUGCAGGCUUACAUCGAUGAUCUCGGCCCUGCUGCUUACAUCCUGUCACUGCGGGAUGCGCGCGAAAGGUGGCAGUAAUUCUGUGGUCUUAAAUCAACAAGGUCGUUAUUGUGCUAUACUGCCACCUACUGAUACAGAAUAGUAUGUCAUUUCUCUGCCGGUCAUCAUAUUGCAGGCACAGAUGUCCAACAAUGGCACAUUGGUACAACAAAAAUUUGUUGGACCAAUUAAGUAAAAUAGGAUAAUUUCCCAAGGCACACUAGUGUGCCGCGGCAGAGUGGUUGAAAGUCACUGCUCUAAUGUUUAAUGUUUGACCUUUUUUCGUGGUGUAUUUAUUCAGGGCUAAAUAUUGUGUUUUAUUACAGACUAUAACUAAUUAUUGUUAUUAUUGUAUGGUGAUUUAUUGACCCACAUUAUAGGGCCAGAAGUAUGUGGACAACGACGUCAACAUGACUACUUGUGCUUUUGAUCUGGGGCUGUGUAUGACUGUAUGGGCCAGUGGUAUGAAUAGUCACUCAUAUUUACAGUCUAUGGUUACAACGCUGCGCCUGGCAAAACAACAACCUUGUAACUGAAAAACACUUACGCUAUGUUCACACUUGGACGUCUUUUUUGACAAGAAAAAGUUGACAUGGGCGCUUACGUAGUGAAAAAAAGAAAAGCUGGCCACGUAUUGGUUUUAAAAAGCUGCCUAAAGUGUCUUAUGUUGCUAUAACAACAGCUACUGCUACAGUAUCCUAGCUAGAGUGCUAUGUGGAGCGGUGCUAACGUUAGAUAAAACAAAGUGGUGGAGUGAGCUAGAGAAAGAACAGAGAGAA